UCCGUUCGCGCUCUCUGAUAGGAGAAGAACGCCACCACCUCCUCCGGCCACCAGAAGACUCUUUCUUCAGAGAUCUAGGCGGUCAGGUUCUGUGCAAAAAUCUGGGACGCUCGUCACCGACCUGUAUUCGGCCACGCAUCUCCGUGCGAUGGCAGCGUUGACGACGAUGACAACGAGCAGUCACGCUUCGGGCCCUGCGUGGCUUCAAGCGGCUCUCGCAGAUGUAGAGGAGAGAGUGCAGGCACUCGCUGUGAACGUACCGGAUGACUCCGUGUCGGACUCGUUCGCGCAGAGGGCGGAUAAUUACUACCGUAAGCGGCCGCAGCUGGUGGCGCUGCUCCAUGACCUCCACAACCGCUACCUCUACCUCGCCAACCGUUAUUGCCUGUCCCUUCGCCGGAAGCAUUGUCUCGCCUCGUUCGUAUCCUCCGAUAUCCACACCGAUGACGACUUCGACGCCGCUGGCUCCGACGCUGAGAGCUUCCUCUCCUUUCAACCCGUUCCCCUCCAGCUGCGCCGGUGGCUCGCUGCCCCUUGCGAUGUCGACAUGGUUCUGGCUGAGAUGGUAGUGGCGUCAGUGGAGCGGGACCUGCUGGCGGCGGAGGGAGCGGACGCGGAGCGGCGGAAGGCAGAGUCGUCGCGCAAGAUCGAGCUGCAGGGGAGCCUGGUAGAGGUGCUGGAGGCGGAGCGGAUGGUGCUGCUGGGGGAGAACGUGAGUCUGGGGCUCCGGGCGGCGUCCCUGGAGAAGGAAGCUCAGGCGGUAGAGUCGGAGUUGGGAUUCAUGCGGCAGAGGGCGGCGGAGCUGGCGUGGGCGUUGGUGCAGCUGCGGGAGAAUCAGCGGAUGUGCCUGUUGGGGAGGAAGAUCGAAGGGCUCCAGGCUCAGGUCUACGGGCUGGAGCUGCGGAACCGGGAGUUAUUCUUGGCGAUAGCGCGGCGGGAGAAAGAGAAGAGGGAGGCGCGGGCGGAGGUGGAGCGCCUCCGGCGAGAAAACCGACGGGCGAGGGAGAUGGCGGAGUCGAUGCGGGGCAGGUCGUGGCGGAGCUUGUGGGACCGCAUGCGUAAGUUGGACUGGGCCCCUUCGUCGUGUGCGCCGCACGUAAAGCAGUGAUGAAGUUGCGCCCCAAAGACUGAUUCUACCUGUAGCAGACGUCCAAUGUCUACUUGCUUUUUAUAUAUAUAAUGUUUUAUUUAUUAUCAAGUUUUUGUGUGGGUUAGUAAAUUGA